UGAACAGCGACCAAAUUAUGAUUGUUCGAGAGCAAAAUUUGCAUAUCAUUUCGAUAGUCUCCUGCUGGAACAAUAGGCGGGGACAUCUUUUCGUUGAAUUGGAAAAUGUUCACGCUAUAUUCGCCCUUAGAAUAAAAACAGUUAUUGUAUCACUGUUAUUGUAUUUUUAAUACGCAGUGCAGAACCUUACCAGAAUCGGGCACGGUUUCAUGAAAUGUGGCAAAUAUUGCUUCAAAAGGUUGUACAUAAGUUUAUUGAUCGGCUUUCCACCGUUUCCGCUUGCUAGAACUUUGCACACCUCGACACGUUCGUCAAUUCCGAACAUCGGCUUGUAAACAUGACCAUUGGUCUUGUACCAAAGCUUCAUCGUUAUCCAGAGCGGUUCCAGCGGCUUCAGUAUGGUCAUGUUGAAAGAUAUCAAUGAAGACCCGUUGCACAGCAGCUUCAAGGUACAUUCGUUGAUCGUCAUAUAGUUUGUAAUAUUUGUACCGCUGCAGAUAAAUCGCGUCAUUCGGGUAGUAAAUGGACGCUCUCCAUUGUGGCCAUCAUAAAAAUCACACGAUAAACGCGAAAGAAACAAUACGCCAACAAUAACAUAGGACAGAACUCUUGCCAUGAAUUUAAAUAUUGUGUACAUAUUUAUUCAGGAAAUAUCAAGCUACUAGUACCAACAUUGCAAGGCCUGUGUUACUUAAAACACAUGAACGAACGCGUUUCUGAUGGUUCUAAUUGCACCAUAAUAGAACGAUUAUCGAACUCGUUUAUGAGCAGGUAUAUUUUAAAUAGCUAGGUAUAUUGCAAAAGUUGAUUUUAUCAGCAAUCGUCGUAUUCAUCCAACUCGGUAAGCCUCGUUAGAUAAAUGUACGACCCGUGUUGAACAAAUCUGUUAACGACUAGCUGGUUCAUUAUAGAAAGUAGAGUUUUUGGGGGAAAGGGAUACGGUUAGCUUCUUCUCAGGGCCACUAGGGUGGGUUAGACGUGGUUUACUACUUUAGGUCAGACAUGCAUUGCCACUAACUGCUCUUCUUCAUGGCUCUCAAAUUCUUCUGACAGAGGAAUUGAAACGGAUGCAUGUCUACUUUAAGUGAAUUUUUUAUUCCGUUAUAAGAAUUGGAUUUCUUAAAUUAAUCAUAAAUAAAUCUAAAAAUGCUUAAAUUGACCACACAAAAGCCGAUGUUCAAAUGAAUGAUUUAAUAUGCUGAUGAGUGGAACAUUUAUAGGUAUAACGAUUAGUCAAACGCGUCAUGAAAAUCAUCAAGCUAACCAUUAAAACCACCAUGGUUUAGUAGCUUGGUUGAUACUGAGCAAUUAACAUGGGCAAAGCGUUACAGGCGAAAGCUAUUUUUGGAGUAUUCAUCUGCUCUCUUUUUCUUCCAUGUUCAUCAUCCAACUUUUUCUAUGGUGCUAGCGAUGAACGCCCCUACCGAGUCCGUACGACGCGAUUCAUUUGCCUAGGUCCCAGAACCACCAAGUACAUCAAAAUCCACGAGUGUAGCUUAAAACUGCUGCGAAACGGAUCCUCCACUAUUUCCUUCAACGCCACUAUUUUGCAACCUAUAGAGCAGAUGUGGGCAACUGCAAAGAUCAUGUACAAGGGAAGUUCUCUCGCGUAUCAACCGAUGCUCGGAAUUGACGAACGGGCCGACGUUUGUCACUUUCUAGGAAGUGAACCUUUGGCUGGAGGUGCAAAUAUUGGAAGCCUUUUUUACGGUGCUCUUCGCAAAAUGGUGAAAAAAUAUGCACCACAAUUAGCUAAACCAUGUCCAAUUGUGGGAGAAUACAGCAUAAUUAAUUUUACCUUUCAAGAUCACAUGUUUCCGCCCUUUUUACCAGCUGGAGACUACCGAAAUGAUAUGAGAGCAUUCGUCGAAAAUAACGAAACACUGCUGGAGAUGCAAUUUUACGGAUCUGUUCGGGCCAAAGGAAUUGCAGACUUGAGCAUGGGUUAAGUUAAAAAAAAACAAUCACCUCAAUAGUUGAAAACAAAGAAUAUUAACUCUCUAGAAACCCAAUCGCUUAUAGAUUGUGAAGCUCACAAUGCCUCACCUUUUGUCUUUCACAGAUCCCCAAAAUUUGAU